UCUAGCGAAUGGGGAAUGUGUGGGAAACUUUACUAAAAGAUAUGAACCUAUUACUGGAUCUCUGGGUUGCUAUGUCUUUAAAAAAAAUUCAACUUCUGAUAGCCUUAAGGGACUUGAAAGUAUAGGCUUUCCCGACCCAUACCGAGAUGGAAUUCUGAUGGAUCCGGGGCUAUGUGAUAUUUAUUGUGCUAAUUACCUGUUCAACUUUACUGCUCUAAGAAAGGGAAACGAAUGUCGAUGUGGGAAUCAAAAUGGUCUUGAGUCAUACGAUUUGACUGAUAGCUCAAAUUGUACCAUUCCUUGCGUUGGAAAUAGUUCUUACAUAUGCGGUGGAGAAGAAGCUUAUUCGGUUUACAAUAUUACAUUUAAUAUGAAUAAGUUACCUAUUUCUGGAAUUCCCCCUAUAGAUAAAAAAGUUUUUAUAAUUAAUAAUCUCAAAAAUGCUACCAACUAUUUAGGGUGUAUCAGAGAUAGUCCAUAUUGCGGCGUUAGAGCUCUAAAGGGUAUGGAAAAAGAGACUGACAACAUGACAGUUGAUAUAUGCAUAGAUUACUGCCGUCAAAAUAACUUUAAAUAUGCAGGACUGGAAAUAGGAACUCAAUGUUUUUGCGAUAAUACAUAUGUUAAUAUAACAGAACUUAAUCCGAGGGAUUGUGGUUCAAGUUGUGUAGGAAAUGGUUCUCAAAUUUGUGGAGGACCAUUGGCUCUUAGCAUUUACACAGUAACGCAAUAUGCAGCAACACAAAAUUCCGAUAAUCAUCGCAUCUUAUAUAUUUCGGUGGGUGUGGGUUCGGGUUUAUUUUUCAUUUAUGUGUUGGUAUCAUUUUUUUACUGGCGUUAUAGAUAUAGAUAUCGUAAAUUGUUAAUGUUGUUUAUUCCGUCGUCAGAAAGUAGGUAA